GUAGCGGUGACGUUGCAGUGACAAACCGGAAGUCCCGAGGAGCGCAGAAUCUCGUAGCCGGGGACCGAAGCCUGACAGGCGGGUACAGCGGCUCCCUCUGCAGCCUCCUCCGCUCCGAGUCCCACCGGGAGCGGCUCCUUUUCCACCCGGGCUUCGCUGCAGCAUGGAGGAGGCUCACGGAUGGAACUACUCAUGACAGUCCGGAAGAUCGCCUCCAUUUGUACGAUGGGCGCCAAUGCCUCUGCUCUGGAAAAGGAGAUUGGACCGGAACAGUUUCCCGUAAACGAGCACUACUUUGGACUGGUUAAUUUUGGAAACACGUGCUACUGUAACUCGGUGCUGCAGGCGCUCUACUUCUGCAGACCGUUCAGAGAGAAGGUUCUGGCCUAUAAGGUGCAGCCUCGUCGUAAGGAGUCUCUGCUCACCUGUCUGUCCGACCUGUUCAACAGCAUCGCCACGCAGAAGAAGAAAGUGGGCGUCAUCCCCCCGAAGAAGUUCAUCUCUCGACUUCGAAAAGAAAAUGAGCUGUUUGAUAACUACAUGCAGCAGGACGCUCACGAGUUUUUGAACUACCUCCUCAACACCAUCGCCGACCUGCUCCAAGAAGAGAAGAGCCAAGAGAAACAGCACAACGGGAAAGUGAUUCAAAAUGGCGGCGGUGGAGGAGGAGGAGGGGGCGGAGUCAACGAGGGCGGGACCGACGGAGACACGCACAAGGAGACGCAGGAGACCUGGGUCCACGAGAUCUUCCAAGGAACGCUGACCAACGAGACGCGCUGUUUGAACUGUGAAGCCGUGAGCAGUAAAGAUGAAGAGUUCCUGGAUUUAUCUGUCGACGUGGAACAAAACACAUCCAUCACGCACUGCCUCAGGGGCUUCAGUAACACGGAGACUCUGUGCAGUGAAUAUAAAUACUAUUGUGAGCAGUGUCGCAGCAAACAGGAGGCGCAGAAGAGGAUGCGAGUGAAGAAGCUGCCCAUGAUCCUGGCUCUGCAUCUGAAGAGGUUUAAGUACAUGGACCAGCUGCACCGUUACACCAAACUGUCGUACCGCGUGGUCUUCCCCCUGGAGCUCAGGCUCUUCAACACGUCCGGAGACGCCACCAACCCGGACCGCAUGUACGACCUGGUGGCUGUGGUCGUGCACUGUGGGAGCGGCCCAAAUCGGGGACAUUACAUCACCAUCGUCAAGAGUCACGGCUUCUGGCUGCUCUUCGACGACGACAUCGUGGAGAAAAUCGACGCUCAGGCGAUAGAGGAGUUUUACGGUUUAACGUCGGACAUUUCUAAAAACUCUGAAUCCGGUUACAUCCUGUUUUACCAAUCCAGAGACUGAAGCUCCGCCCCCCAAAUCUGCAGCCUCGCCCCAACAUGGAAACACUUAGCUUUAGCACACAAGCUAACGCCACAAACUGGGCUUUUCCGACGGGACGAGCCAAGAGACGGGACUGAACAGACUCAAAAUGUCCGCCGCCGCCACGAUCAAAACGAGCACCUCACAGGAACAAGAUGGCCGACGAUGGAUCUGGGAAUAAGGAAGUAAUGGAACUCUAGAAUGGGCCAAACGACAGCCACCAUCUUGGAACUGUAGAACGAUCAUCUGUUGAAAUUAAUUUAGUCAAAGGCGGCGUAAUCCCUGGACACGUCUGGCUCAAACCAUUUUACAUUUGGAAAAAAAAAAAAGGAUGAGGAAGAAUAUCUGGAUUACCAAAGAAAAAUCUGCCCAAAAUAAGAAGGUAGAAGUCCAAAUUUGUUCAGGAGCACGUUCCGUAGCGAGUUUCCUGGGAUUCUAGGCCUGUCACGAUAACAUAAACACUAUACAUCGCACUAAAUAAUAAUAUUAAAACUACUUAGGGAUACAUUAAAAAAGCAAGAAAAUCCUAAUUAACCAUUUUGGAGCGGACAGAAUCGUUAAAAUACACGCGCUGAAGUAAAUAAAUAGCAUAAUUAAGCCGUAAAUAACCAGAGAAGUGACUUUUUCCACCGUCUGCUGCUCAAAUCUUAUCACAUUACAGCAAAAAUAUCAAAAAACUAUCCCAUAUUGCAAAAAAAUAUACCGAAAUGUACCGUUCCAGGUUUUAUAUUUGGGAUACAACCACAGAAGGGGUUGAACCCGCAACCCAAACACGGAUAAGGCCCUAAAAGUUCAGACCUAAACUGUAUCUACUGUUUUAAUCUGAAUAGAAUUAACACGUAAAAUGACCAAUUGUUUAACACGCUAAUGCUAAAGAUGCACUAGGUAACUUUUCAGGUGUCUGCCACUUGCUUGUUUUCGUGGAGAUGUUACAGCUUUGCCCGGAAUGUUCCACACUAUAGCAAUAAACUUUAGUAUUGCCGUGGAGACGAGCAGGUGACACAACCUCAAGUAAUUUUUACGUCAAAAAACCCCCCAAAAAUCCCCAAAACUUCAAGUGAAUAUAUCCAAGAUGAGUUUAACGCCUUGGGAUACUACGGAACAUUUUAGGCAAAGCAACACAUCGCCAUAGAGACGAGAUGGUGACGCAACCCCACUCGUGUUUUCAAGUGCGGCAAAAAAAUGUUUGAAAUAAAAUAAAAUAAACUUAAACUCAAUCUUGGAUAUACAGUAUUCAGUUAAACGCUUAGUGAUACUACGGAACAUUUCAGGCAUAGCAACACAUCGCCAUAGAGACGAGAUGGUGACACAACCCCACUCGUGUUUUCAAGUGCGGC